AGAGCGAGUCUCCGGGAAAAUGGCGGUGGUUCCAUAACUGCGCUCAGCCCUGGAUAGUGAUGUCUUUGGAUAACUUUAUUUACAGUGACAGAUGACAAAGGCGAUAAUCUAUCUACUUUCCAGCAGUUGCAAGGACUUUAGAUUCAGGAGCCGGUCCGAUGUCCGCCUCGGCCGGGAUGGGUCCAGGGGAAGCUGAGGCGUUGGACGGGGAGGAGAUGAGUGAGGAGGAGGAGGUGUCGCGGGACUGGACUCCGCAGGAGAAGGCGCUCCACGAAGCUCGAGUGAAGGCCAAGGCCAAGUACAGGGUCCGGCGGACCUCGUCCCGCGACUCCGAGAGCUCAGAGACCCCCGCUGACAUUCCCACCCCGCAGGGGAAGGGCCAUGACCGCAAAUCGCGCAUGGGCAAGGGGAGAGGGCUGCCCAAGAAAGGUGGUGCUGGAGGGAAGGGCGUGUGGGGAGCCCCGGGGCAGGUGUACUCUUACCAGGAGCCAGAUGCCCACGACCCCAAUUACGACGAAUCUGCGCAGGGGGACACCGUGUAUCAGAAGGUGGUCCCUGAGCUCGACGAGGCCGGGUUACAGACGGCGGUGCAGCCAAUGGUGCAGGAGUACUUCGAGCACGGGGACACAGGAGAGGUCGUAGCUUUGCUGAACGAGCUGAAUUUGGGGAGUCAGUCGCCGGGGGUCCCCCGCCUGGCCGUCUCGCUUGCCUUGGAAGGAAAGGCCAGUCACCGCGAGCUCGCCUCCCGCCUCCUCUCCGACCUGGCGGGGAAAGUGCUGUCCGAGGAGGACAUCGCCCGAGCCUUCGACAGGAUGCUGUCUGACCUGCCAGAUCUCAUACUGGACACUCCGGAGGCUCCACAGAUGCUGGGGCAGUUCAUUGCCCGUGCGGUUGCAGAUCACGCUCUUCCACUAGACUUCCUGGCCCGAUACAAAGGCCGAGUGGACUGUGAACAUGCGCGAGCUGCUUUGGACCGCGCCGCCGUGUUACUGAGAAUCAAGCGGGAGAUCAUCCGUCUGGACAACGUGUGGGGUGUGGGGGGCGGCCAGCGGCCCGUCAAACAUCUCAUCAAAGAGAUGAACCUGCUCCUGCAGGAGUUCCUGAUCUCGGGGCAGGUAUCGGAGGCCGAACGCUGCCUACGGGAGCUGGAGGUUCCACAUUUCCAUCACGAGCUUGUCUAUGAGGCCGUGGUGCUGGUUCUGGAGGGGUCGGCGGAGGGCCACGUCCUCAUGGCGGUGAAGCUGUUGAAGUCUCUGUGGGAGAGCGGUCUCAUUACCCUGGACCAGAUGAACAGGGGUUUCCGGCGCGUCUAUGAAGAGCUCCCUGAUCUGAGUCUGGACGUGCCGCACGCCCACAGCGUGAUGGAGAAACUGGUGGAUCUGUGUUAUAAGGAGGGGGUCAUCACCCAGCAGCUGAGGGACCAGUGCCCUGCCAGGGGCCGGAAGCGUUUUGUAAGCGAGGGAGAUGGUGGGUGCAUCAAAGAGUGAUGGGAGUGAUUGGACUUCUUCAUGCAUCAGCCCUGGGCCUGGAGGAACAGCGGGGGGGGCAAUCUACUCAAAAUAAACAGAAAGCCUCCGCA